AUGGAGAAACGAUCUAGUUUAAAGCUCGACGAUGAUCGUACUAGGGAUGUACAAGCUGACGAGACUCAAGAUAUGGAUCAAACCAAGACGUUUUCAGAAAUCAACAGUCUCGAUGAAGUGUCUAGUGGAACCCCUGAACUUCACACUACGUCUGGCCAUAUCCCAGACCCAUAUAUACUGCUCCAAACCUCUACUCGCCAUCCUAAGUUGCCUUCUAGAAUUCCAAUCACUUCAAAUGGGCCAAUCCAAAAUCGCUUGCUAUCAACUAGCAUCCGACCUCUUGCAAACUUGGAAACCUUCUCAUUGUUUCUGAUGCUUCCCUUUGAGAUACGAAGAAUUAUAUGGAAAAAGACUUUGCCCGGCCCAAGGAUUAUUCUCAUACGGUCUAUUCUGAGCAAGUGGCCCCUUCGAAUGACUUUCACCCGACCUCCAAGGAAUCAUAAUACAUAUAAAUCUAAUUACGCUAUGCCAAAUGCAAUGCUAGUGUGUAAGGAAGCUUUAGACGUGAUUUUAGAGGAGUCUCGAUUGGUGCGAAAAGAUUUUAUCUGUAAAGAUAUUCCAGGACCAUGCCUGCAGAACAAGAUUGCUUUGAAUUUCAAAGCCGAUUCGAUAUACCUUGAUACGGACGGCGAACGAGAGAACUCGGCUACUGACUAUCCAACAAAGUGGCGUCCCAUUGCAAUCCUUAUGGAUAUCUGGUUUGAUCUUCGCUUUUGGACAGAAAUCUCGCAUCUCAUACUCUCAAUUCCUGGGGUGUACAGAGAUAGAUACAAUUGCGAUGACUUUCGAAGAUAUCUCAGGAACAUAUUUGCGUACAUGGAAGGAUUGAACCGCGUAACUUUCGUCCUUGCAGACAAGACAGAGCAUCUACCAUACGCAGAGAGAGAUCUUGCAUUAGAGUACCCGAUGGAUAUCGAAUAUGCUCUGGAUUUGUUCGCUAAGCACCCCCGAGAAGUGUCGCGCGAGGAAACAUUGAGACUUGGGGAGUGGUACAAGGAAUUUUCUCCCAGCUUUGUGGAGUUUGAUAUGGAUGCUCUGAGAGAACAUCCGUAUCGGAAUGAUUGGACUUCUGCUAGCAGGCCGCUGAUUAUUCCUAGAGAUGCAGUUGUCGAUUUUAAAAUUAUAGUUGAGAGGGAGAAGUCAGAAGAGUUGGCAAGAAGAAAGAAAAGAUUCUAUGCAGUCAAGAGACAGAUUGCUGAAGAGGAAGAUAUACCAUGGUAUGAUGUUUGCUAUCAGGGGCCUGCUAGGGAAACCUAG